AUGGAGAAUGUUACGGAGGAGAAUGUUACGGAGGAUGUCUUGCCAUGCCAAACCGGUCCCGAAGCCAUUGCCGACACCGAAAAUGUGCCAUUGGUAAGGAGGGAGCCUUUCCUCGUAACCGAGAACCUCGAGGACAAUCUUUUCAAUAAACUACGAGACGAGAAGCCGGUAUUUGGCCAUAUGAUUACGAUCUUCGGUGAGUAUUUUGGAGCCACAUAUGGUGGGGAAUUCAUGAAAAAACGGCCGAUCACGUCACAUGAGUUAGUCCAAGCGGAUCUCGCCAUUAACCGCUACGAGGUCAAACCAUAUCAUACCCGAAAAUGUGUUGAAGCCUAUAUCGAACGAGUGAAAGUCUACAAAAAGGGCCAAGCCGCUACAAACGCCGAACGUAUUGACCGAGAAGUGCUCCUCCCCUCCGAACCUCAACAAGGAACCGAGCCACAAGAGCCGAACCCCGACCAACCGACGAUGUCCCCGAAGGCCAACCCAAAUCCGAUGAGAUACACCAACCGAUGGAGCAACCCGACACUUCCUCUACUCCUCAAUGCCCCCGACUUCCGACUGAGCCCUCCGCGACCACCACUUACGAGGCUAACCCGUGGACCAGGAUAA